AUGAAGGUCUUCCAGCUCACGGCCCUCGUGGGAGGCACUGUGACAGCUAUCUUGCCUGCUGCAGCUCAGAAGGUCGAGCGUGCUCUCAGCGACAUUGCCACUACCGUCAUCCUCACCACGUCAACAUACACCGUCACGGAGUGUGCAUCGGAUGCUGUGAACUGCCCUGCUAGCGCCACGGUGGCUCAGACUUCAACCGUCGUUGUCAGCGUCACAACUACCAUCUGCUCGCUCACUUCCACUCCUCCCGGUGCCCUUCCUCCUGGGAUUGGAUCCUCUGCUCUGACGGCAAGCACAGCACUGCCUACCGUUUCGGCCUCGUUCGACUCCAGCGCCAGCUUCCUGACAUCUUCUCCCACGGCUCCAGUCUUGCCACCAGGUUCUGGCAUCUCAGUGAGCUUGUUGCUUCCCAGUCCGGAUGCGUCCAACACUCCAACUGCCUCAGUCCCCCCGCCGGGUCUUGGGUUCUCACUCAGCUUAAUACUCCCAAGUUCGCAUGCAUCCAAAUCGCUAACUGAUGCUGUUCCUAUCUCUUCCUCCAUGGGCAUCGCCAGCUCCUUCACUGGCUCUGCUCCCCCACAGACAAGUGCUCUUCCCACUGAGGUCAUGGGGACCAUGGAUUCUGCUACCAAUGCACCCCCUACUUCUGGAGCAACCUUUUCCAGCGGAUAUCAGUCGCCAUCCGGCUCAGUUGGUAUACCAUCUUCUUCGCUAAACACCAACACAGAUGCGACGGCCACAUCGUUUACAGUGACUUCAGCUGUACUUAGCCAAGCUAGCUCCUCAAGUGGCUAUGCUGGCAUUCCCUCAGGGAGCUCGGUGCAUCUGUCGGGCUCCGACUCUGCCACUCUUUCCAUUGCACCAACCCCCUCAAGCUCAGUCUACGCCUCGCCCACGGAGUCAGACUCGCUUAUAUCUGGUAGCUCUACAGCUUCCACCAACUCCGGCUCAAUGCCACCUGAUAGUUCAGUCGUUCCUCCGAACACUCAGACCGACGCCAUCUCAACGUCCCCUCUAGUCACUUCUUCGGCAUCUGGGACAAUGGGAGUACCCUCUGGUGAUCACCCAAGCUCUUCUGGUAACCCUACUGCGCCUUCGGGCUCUGACUCUGCCCUUCCUACCGUUUCAACAGGACCUGUCUCUUCCACUGCCGCACCCACCGAGGCAGCUUCUACAUCCACACCUGGAGGUUCCUCGGGCUAUUCUACAGGUACUCGAUCAGGUUCCUUGGGGACCAUCUCUGGUACAUCUUCUCCUGCCAUGUCUGCCAGCUCACAAUACGCGGUGCCACCUCCGGCCAGGUCUGACGCCUCCGACGUCUAUAGCACUACUAGGAUUACAAGCUAUCUGACGCAUACGUUGACGUCGAUAAUCACCGCGAAGCCGUCCGCCAGUCAGCCAGGCAACAACACCGCGACUGAAACGGAUGCUGUUUCUACCGACCGACCUUCCAGCGUUUCGGCUCUUCCAUCUGGAUCAGGAUACCCACUGCCAUCCAAUGGCACAAAUGGCACCAUCGUCGCGCCUACUCCCAGCCCUACCGAUAUUCCUUUCAACAUGGGCCAGGCCAUCGGCGUUGGCAAGAGUUCGUUUGCAGCCAUUGUUGUUGCUGUCGCGUUCGCCCUCUUUAUAUAA